AUGGCGGGCACUUUUAGCUCCACAGACAAUACUACCAUGGGAUCCAUCCCCUGGGCAGAGGUAUUCUCUCGCCACGAAUUCCUUCUGUCUUCCCAUCUGGAAAUGCUGGGCGCGGUAAAGAACCAGCUCCCACACGACGGCGAAGCGUCGCGGACCGUGGCGUCGAUGGUCAGCAAGACAAUCCAAUCCAUGAAUCAGUUCAAGAUCGUCCGCAAACAAAUGAUGCAUAACAGGCGACACCCGUGCUUCAAAGCGCAGUCGCAGCAUAAUAGCUCACCCAAAUCCUCCUCAGCAAUACCCUCCUCAGCAAUACCCUCCUCAACCAAAACUCCCCGAAUACACCCAACGCUCCACCUCCCCGAGACCGAAGACAUCUCGCAAGAGGUACAACGACGGCUACGCAUACAAGAAGAACGCCGCCGCAAAAAAGAGAGCGGUCGGUCAGAUAAGCGCAAGCGUGAGAGCAUGGGGUCGAAUGAAAACGCAUCACCUGGCACGGCGCACCAGAGGAAACGUAAAAAGGUAGGAAAGGAUAGUGUCUCUCUCAAAAAGGAAAGCGCCAGCAGCAGCCAGCGGAAGAGGUACUUGGACGGUCCAUCAAGCUUGGACGCGGCGAAGACAAAGAAGUCUAAAAAUCCGCGGGACUGA